AAAAGAAAAUGAAGAACGGCAGCAAAUUGUUAAAAGUUCUCUUACAAGCUUCAGAGAAGGCAGCAAACAUUGCUAGAAUUUGCCGGCAGAAAGAAGCUCUUUUUCAGUUGUUAGUACAAGAAAAAUCCUCAGAAGAGAAAAAUCCUCGUUUUUUCCAGGAUUUCAAGACGUUAGCUGAUGUUCUCAUUCAAGAAAGUAUCAGACAUGACAUAGAAAUUGAAUUUCCAGAGUUGGCUAAGUUAGUACAAGGUGAAGAAACCAAUGUGUUCAGCAAUAUUUUGGGAGAAUCUGUUAUUGUUGAGAUCUGUUCAGAUAGUAAAGAUACCACACAGCUAUUGACAAAAGUUAUGAGCAAUGAUGUUGUAGCAGCAGAGUUGCUUGCUGCUGAAGUCCAUAAAGAUGUUCAACUUUCAGAUGUGCCAAUCACAUUAGACAUUCCUAAUGAUUUUGACGUCAAUAUAGAAGACCUUGGUAUUUGGAUAGAUCCCAUUGAUUCAACAGCAGAUUACAUAAGUGCAAUGGAAACAGUAGAUGAACAGACCGGUUUACAUUUGAGUGGGUUACGUUGUGUUACUGUCUUAAUUGGAGUUUACAAAAAAAGUACUGGAGUACCAGUUUUGGGUGUAAUUAAUCAACCUUUUUGCACCAAUAUAGACUCACAAUGGACAGGAAAAUGUUAUUGGGGCUUUCUGAGUGGUGGCGUUGCGAAAUCUUCCAUAAAUAAUACAUGCAACAUCGAUAAAAUUAUUUUACUUAGCCACUUUGAAGAUGCAGAUGUAAAAUCAAAAUUAUUAAAUAGUGGAUUCAGAUUGGUAGAAGCAACAGGAGCAGGAUACAAAAUACUAAGCGUCGCUAUUGGACAAGCGGCUGCUUAUAUCUUGUCAAAAGGUUCCACAUAUAAAUGGGACACAUGCGGACCACAAGCUCUCCUAUCUUCGAUUGGUGGAAGUAUUAUCGAAUUCAAAGAAUUUAUUAUAAAUCCAGAUUCGGAUAAUCUAAGUGUGAACUAUUUACCUAUUGGCACCAAUUUCUCCAAUCGUGCAGGUUUGAUAGCAUACAGAGAUCCUCAAAUUCUGGAAACCUUCAAGUGUAUUUUAGGUAGAUCUCGUUAA